AUGCCAUCGAUAGCCCCUUUGAGAGCCAAGUAUCGCUCUGUACUCCAAGCUGGUCGCGAGCCCUGGGUCGAGAACAUCGGCGGCGCACUGAUCCAGCCGAAUGCUGUGGCUUUGCUGUCCACCACUGCCGGCCCAGGACGUGUACAGAACUUCUCCAUAGCGUCUUUCGCAGCUGCGGCUUCGCUGGGCGGAUGGCUCGGGGCCCCCCUCGCCGCCGUCAUCACGCCUUGGAAGUGGAUGUUCUGGUGUUUGUCAAUCCUUGCUGCUGUGAUCGUCGGCUUGCUCUGGAUUUUGCUCCCGCCCGAGACACCCGUGGAACAUAUCAUCAUGGAACGAUCGACUACGUCGGCGCCGCACUGGGCGUGUCCGGGCUCAUCCUUCUUCCUCGUCUGGGAGAGUCGCCAUAUCAAGGAGCCGAUCAUGCCCCUAAACGUCUUCAAAGCGUCCUCGUUCCCCACGGUGCUCCUCGUCGUACUUCUGAGCGCGAUGUCUUUCGCCAUUUCCCUGUGGUACAUGCUCGCCUGGCAACAGAUUGUCCGCGGUCUUUCCAUGUUGGAGAUCGCCGUGACCUGGAUCCCCUUCAGAAUCGGCGCCAUCGCAUCGACCUUGGUCGCCGCCUGGCUUAUCCCACGCCUGGCCGCGCAGUGGGUCCUUGCCAUCGGCGCUGGAGCAGUCGGACUCUCGAACCUUCUGCUGGCGACGAUGCCCGCGCAGCAGAUCUACUGGGCGCAGACGCUUCCUGCCAUCAACAUCGGGAGCUUCUGCCCUGAUUUACCGAACCUGAGCGCCAACAGGUUGGCGCUUGGGCUUGCGGGGACGGUCAAGGCGCAGGUUAUUCACAGAGACACUGAGGGUCGCAGCGUGCUUGGCUAUUGGGCUGCAUUAUACUUCGCCUUUACAAUCGCGGUGCUGGCUGUUCUCUUGAAUACACUGUCGGUGCGCGCGCCGAAGGACCAGCGCCAGGGGUGGGAUGACAGCAGGAACGCAGGUGUGCCCCAUGCUUCCGAUUAG